AUGGCGCUGCAGCUCGGCGCGCUCAAGUUCGAGCUGCUCAUGGAGACGCCCCGGCUGCGCGACCUGGCCGUGCUCUGCAUCCGCAUGUUUGCAGGCCCGAACUGCCCCACCCACGAGCAGGCGUCCGCGGCGGGCGGGGCGACCGCCUUCUUCGACAACGCGUUCGCCGGCUCGUGGGCGGCGGGCGGCCUCGCCACCGCCGCCAGCCGCGGCUCGGCCGGCAGCCUCGACUCGUCGGAUGCUCUUCCCGCACCAGAGGCGGCGCCGGCGCAGCUCUUCGACGCUGCGUUCGGCGGGGGGGCGGUCUCGCCCCCCGUCGCGCCCGCCGAGCCGAGCGUUUUCGACGCGUUCGGCGUCGCGUCGGUGGUCAACGCGCGGCUCGAAGGGAGGAAGCUGCUGCAGUACCGCGUGAGCGGCGAGCUGCGCCUCGUGUCUGCGGCGGCGCCUCAAUGA